AGGCGAGAAAAGGUUAUGGGUGUCCGCAUACUUCUGUCUGUUUUUAAGAUGAAGAUGGAUUCUGAAUCGGCUCACAGCUCGAGUCCGGCUCAGACCGUCCACGUGGCAUGCUGGGCCCCGAGAGACCGCAGGGGGCGCUGUGGCCUCUCGGCGCAGGGGAUUGUGGGUCGCAGGAGGCAGCGUCGGACUGUCAUCAUCAUCAUCAUCAUCAUCAGUCGGCGGGCCGAGACUCUUCCCACCGGACUGAACCUGAGCUGGCAGCCGUUUCUCCGCACUGAAGUGCCUUCACCGCCGGGACAGCGAUGGGACACGGAGACCUGAUGAGCCAGGCGGAGGACGUAGCGGACCAGUUCCUGCGGGUCACCAAACACUACCUCCCCCACGUGGCCCGGCUCUGCCUGGUCAGUACCUUCCUGGAGGACGGGGUCAGGAUGUGGUUCCAGUGGGCGGAGCAGAGCGAGUACAUCGACUCCACCUGGAACUGUGGACGCGUCCUCGCCAACGUCUUUGUCCUGCUCAACCUGCUGGGACAGCUGGGCGGUUGUGUGUUGAUUCUCAGCAGAAACUUUGUUCAGUACGCCUGCUUCUCUCUGUUUGGGAUCAUCGCCCUGCAGACGGUGGCCUACAGCAUCCUGUGGGACCCAAAGUUCCUCAUGAGGAACCUGGCGCUGGGCGGAGGUCUGCUGCUCCUCCUGGCAGAGUGUCGGGGGGAGGCUCGCAGCGUGUUCGCAGGAGUUCCUUCUCUCAGCCAUCAGAGCUCUCCAAAGCACCUCCUGCAGCUCGGAGGACGAGUCCUCCUCGUCCUCAUGUUCAUGACGCUGCUGCACUUUGAUCUCAGCCUGUUCAGCGUCCUGCAGAACCUGGUGGGCUCGGCCCUCAUCGUGCUGGUGGCCGUGGGCUUUAAGACCAAGCUGGCCGCUCUGACGCUGGUGGCCUGGCUGCUCUGCAUCAACUUCACCUUCAACGCCUUCUGGAACGUCCCGUCGUACAAACCCACGCACGACUUCCUCAAGUACGACUUCUUCCAGACCACGUCGGUGAUCGGGGGCCUGCUGCUGGUGGUGGCCCUGGGGCCCGGCGGGGUCUCCAUGGAUGAGAAGAAGAAAGAGUGGUGAGGAGGAGGAGCUGGAGUCUCUGUGGGCGGAGAAGAACUGAUUGCAAAAUGAGGAGGAGGAGGAGGAGGAGGAGGAGAUGGAUGGAUACAGUGAGACACGGGUGGGACGGUACAGCAGUACAUUCUAAAAUACACACACGUUAGCAAACAGCAAGAGGAUGAAAAUGUUUACAUGUCUUUACUUUAAAGCUUGUAGGACGUUCACAUACUGGGUGCUGGCUAAUUCCUGCAGGGGGCAGAAAACAGGACACAGAGAUUAAGAUACGUGUUGAAAGAGUUUCAGGCCAGGAGGGUCGCAGCUUGUGAAGUGACGAGUUCUGAGCUCCUUCAGGUGCAGUAAACCAGCAGCAGACUCCUUCACGAGGCUUCACGUUGGAGCCUCCGUCUGUUCGGAGGCGUGACGUCCAGAGGACAUGAGAGGACCUUCGGCUCCAACCAUCAGUGGAACUUUAAUGUGUCAGACACGAGGCCCGACAGCUCAUUUAAUGAAUUUAAUUUCUGCUCUACAAGUCAGUGAUGCGUUACAGAACUCCAUAAACUACAUAUCCCAGAAUGCAUCCCGAUUCUGUUAUUGGCACACUGAAGGCGUCCGGCCACUAGAGGGCAGUGCAGCCUGAAGAAGAGCCAAGUUGACACAAAGGGAAGGCAAUUUAACGAGGACAAAUCGGUUUGUCUUCUGUGUGACCAGGCAGCAGCUGAUUUACCGCCGCACUCCAAACAUGGAGCUAAGUAUGCUAACGUUAGGCACCGUACGAACAUGGAAAAUCUGUAUUAAAAGACAGGCUACGUUCAGCAAACAUUCACAAACGUUAGAACAGAAAAUGGUGCACCCAAAUAUCACUAAAACCCAUAGUAAGAGGAC